AUCGGAUCCAGUGGACCAGACCACUCUGGCCAGGCCAGGUGCGGCCAGCAGACCCUCCCCCGUCCUCCUCCUGGCGUCUCCACCCAACGCCCUCGUCCUUGCCGCCGAUCCCUCCCCAAAACCUAGCCCGCCCGCCGUCCCUCGGUACCUUCUAGAACCUUCCAUCCGGGGUGCCGCGCUCCCCAUCACAACCCCGCCUUCUCGUCGCCUUUGCUCCCUCCGCGCGGCGGCCUCCCAGAUCCGGUUCGAUCGAGGGCGCAGGAGAAGGCUCCGGUCGGGGAUAAAGCUCGCCCAGCCCGAGGUCAGGAGAUGGGGCAGGCGUUCCGGAAGCUCUUCGAUGCCUUCUUCGGGAACAAGGAGAUGCGGGUGGUGAUGCUUGGGUUGGAUGCAGCUGGGAAAACCACCAUACUCUAUAAGCUGCACAUUGGCGAAGUUCUCUCCACUGUCCCUACCAUCGGUUUCAAUGUUGAGAAGGUUCAGUACAAGAAUGUAGUGUUCACUGUGUGGGAUGUCGGUGGCCAGGAGAAACUGAGGCCCUUGUGGAGGCACUACUUCAACAACACUGAUGCUCUGAUUUAUGUGGUUGAUUCACUGGAUAGAGAGAGAAUUGGGAGAGCCAGAGCAGAAUUUCAGGCUAUAAUCAAUGACCCUUUUAUGCUUAACAGUGUACUUUUGGUGUUUGCUAACAAGCAAGAUAUGAGGGGGGCAAUGACUCCGAUGGAGGUGUGCGAGGGUCUUGGGCUGUACGACCUUACUAACCGCGUCUGGCACAUCCAAGGCACAUGUGCUCUGAAAGGAGAUGGCCUGUAUGAAGGGCUGGACUGGCUAGCGACAACGCUGGAUGAAAUGCGAGCCUCUGGACGAAUAACCUCAACAUCGUCAUCAUCAUCCUGAGCUACAUGUAACAGGAUGAAGAGACUAUUUGAUCCUCGUGAUACGCCCAUUGAAGGAUCAUCUUGCGAUUCAGGCUGUGCGCCUGCACUCUUUGUUUUCUUAUUUUUCGUGUUUCCCCAAUUGCUGCUGGCUAUCCUGCUAUGGAGUAUGGACUGGGUGAUGCGUCUGGCAACGCUAGGUUGGCAGAGCUGCGGUAGCAUCGGUCCCCAAUUUGGUGGCGUUGGUGGUGGUGAUGUGCGUUUGCAAGGAGAAAGGUGUGGUGUUAUCUGACUCGUAUGCUAUAGCCGAGAGUACAUCAUCAUCAUCAUCUUCAUCCAUCGUGUGUGUGUGUGGGAGUGAUUGUAAAUACUACCACUGAUGACAUGACUUGUGGUUUUGAAACUGAAGAAAUGGAAUCCCAUACGGCCAUGCUCUGUCCCAAAAUAAGUUCACUUA